AUGGAUACGAAGUCCCUAUCAAAGGAUUCCAUGCGGUCCACUUGGCGCACCUCAGACCGCGCCGAAUGGAAGCAUUACCACUGGGCGUUGGAGAUUCUGAACGCCCAUCCAAUCGAACUAAAUAAGCCGAUUCCAGUGCAUGAAAAGACCGAAAAGAUCCCUUUUAUGCCGCAGUGGUCCCUGCAGCGAUGGGUGCUCUUUUACUCGGCGCUUCCACUGCUGUUCCACCAGGCCUACAUGCACUUCACGGGUCUCACAUUAGGGCCCUUCGCCACGUUUAAUCUAUAUUUCUUCGCUUUUAACGCCACAGUUAUCUACCAAGUGCAUGUUCUUCGUCGCCUCGGUCACAUCUACGGCUUCCUGGACGGCGACAAGCAUGAGCGCGAUGGCGUGCCGGAUGUCGGCGUUGCCAAAGUAGUGACCUCGCUCUACAAGACCACUGGCUCCCGCUUGAUCCUCGCUGUCUACCUCUCCUAUAACCAGGAGCUUCUCCCCUCGCAGAUGAACUGGGCCUGGCUCCCUCUCGAGAUUGGCCUCUACGGCAUUGUUCUCGACUUCUGGUUCUACUGGUAUCACCGUCUGAUGCAUGACGUGAGCUUCCUAUGGAAAUUCCACCGCACACAUCAUCUCACCAAGCAUCCGAACCCACUGCUUGCCGCCUAUGCCGACCACGAGCAGGAGUUCUUUGAUAUGGUCGGCGUCCCGCUGAUGACGUACCUAAGUCUCCGCCUGAUGGGAAUGCCGAUGGGCUUCUACGAAUGGUUUAUCUGCCACCAGUACGUUGCGUUCGCCGAGGUAUUCGGCCACAGCGGGUUGCGCAUGCACUUGACCGUGCCUUCCACAUUGAGCUGGCUUCUGCAAAUGCUGGACUCGGAGAUUGUGAUUGAGGACCAUGAUUUGCAUCAUCGCAAGGGGUGGCGGAAGAGCCACAACUACGGCAAGCAAACUCGUCUUUGGGAUAAAAUAUUUGGUACUUGUACAGAGCGGAUCGAGUCGGUGGCGGAUAACGUUGAUUACGACAACUUUGCUACGAUGCCUUUGUUUUGA